AUGGCACCAGAAAAAGCAUUUUCAGAGUUUAUCACAAUCGUUGUAGGUGGUCGUUUUCCUGACAUGGCGACGUGCCAAACCGUUGUGAGGCCUCGUUGCUGGUCUAAAAAUUACGGGCUGGAAACUAAUCGUGAUCAGAAAGCGACUUUGAGAAAAACAUCGAAAGCUCUGAGUUUGGAUGCUCAUUUUGAGGAGGAAUGUGGACCACAAAUCACACUACAUAUGGAGAAAUUUAAUAUUAAUCCAUUGAAAUAA